CCCUUUCUCAUCCCCCAAGACAUCUGUUGAGCGGCCCUCGGGUAUCCUGGCAAGUGAGACCCAUACCGCACGGCAUCGAGGGGGGGUCGCUGCAUUGAUUUCACACAUGCAUUGUGCCCAUCCAUGCAUGGCUUGGUGGCCCACCAUUGGUCCUUGAGGAUGCCCGCCGUCUGCAUACAGACAGUACACACAUACACAAAAUCGAUGCGUUUCAACACGCAGCUAGUCAUGCAUGUCUCACCCACUCACCCGGCAGACGCCGUCCCCGCUGCCGAACAGGAGCUGUCCGUCGUCCCCCACAAGCCUGUAGCACCGCUCCCCAACGGCACCCCUGCACUCGUCGGACGUCUUGCAAAACGCUGCACGAAUGAAUGAAUGAGUGAAUGGAUAUACGACGUCCACCCUGUUGGCAUGUGUCACCUACUGGCCAACAGAGCGCCUUUCGUAUCGGCCCCUGCGAAACAACAGGCAUGUGCCAAUCUCUCCCAUGCGUCAGAUUCUCUCAAUGCCCACCCACCAUUUGCAAUGCAAAGUUGGCCCGAAAGGACAGCCAUGGCCAAAUGGAUGGGAACAGGCGAGUUAAAAU